UGCGAGGGCCAGGCGCGGAGCCCGCCGCCCGCCGCCAAGCAGCUGAUGGAGAAGCUGCUGCCCAGGAGGGUCCACGAGGUCAUGGGCACCCGGAAAGUCGCCUGGUACUGGGUGGAUACCACCGACAGGGCGAAGCUGUGGGAGUCCCCAGACCACAUUGGGUACUGGACUGUCUGUGACCUGCUCCGGCAGGUGGGAGGCACCGUCCUGCCACCGGAGGCUUUGAGCCUGGAGGCUGCGAAAGCUGGGGAGACGCUGCUGUCACGUGAGCCACACCUCUCUUCGUGGCUUUCGGCUCUGCCAACCGAUUCCAUUUUAAACUGUUUGCUAUAUAACGUUCCCAAGUACAGAGCCUCGUUUCCACGGAUGGAAGGGACGUUAUUUCUCCCCAUUGAAGGCAAAGAGAUUCAAGAGACAUGGACGGUCAUCCUUGAGCCCUUGGCCAUGCAUCAGAGACAUUUCCAGAAACCAGUCAGGAUCUUUCUAAAAGGCACAGCCACCCAGUGGUCCCCCCCAAUGAGCGGCACCCUGGGCACCGAUAGCUGGAUGCUCCAGAGUCCAGAGGAGAAUACGUCAGCUCACAGGACGUUAUUUCAGCAGCUGGUAAACAGGCUGAUUGCCGAAGAAUUGCAUCUGGUUGCCAGUGUGGACCCUGGCGACGGCUGGCCCCCCAUCACAGGAGUUAUUUCCCCUCUCUCUACCAACGCUACGAUUCUCACUGUGUUCCACACCGAGGAGGCUGAGUUUCAAAGACAUUUUCUCCAAACAGCUGUGGCAGAGGACCCCCAGGACACAGCAUCCCUUUGUUCCGAUGUUAUGGGCAUCGUUUUGAGUCAGACACACAGUUUACUGGAAGACGCUGCUCCCUCCACUCCUCCUGGUCCAGAGUGGGCCCAGCAGGAGCUCGGCCGCACUGCGCCCUGGAGAGCAGCUGUUGCCGAGAGCUGGUUUCCCUGCUCCAACCUCAGUGGCGCCAGUUCAAAUCUGAUGGAGUCAUUUUGGUUGCUGCAGGCUGCCUCCCCGAACCAGGAGCAGUCCUCCAAGACCGAAAGUGAGGUCACGUGCUGCCUGUCCGAGCUCUACGUGAGGAAGUGUCGCGAGGAAUCCGCUGUGUCCACCCAGGCGGACGGCAAAAGGAAAAGAGGCAUCCACUGCACUCCAGUGAGGCAGAAGAUGAAGACCAUGUGCCGCUCCUUAAAGAUGCUGAAUGUCGCGAGGCUGAACGUCAAGGCUCAGAAGCUGUAUCCAGAUGGCAGCCCGGAGGCCGCUGGGGACAGGGGGACCCAACAGACGGCCGGUGGGAGGACGGGGGGUAGACUGGAAAACAGAGCAAGGACACGAAGGAGUUCUAAACCUAAAGAUUUGAAAACAGAAGAGGAGCUACAGUCUUACAUGUGUGAAAGCUACCGAAGGGCUGUGGCCACAGAAGAGACCGUGUUGUGCUCGUGUGCUCAGAACAUGAUCUCCACCAUUAGAGCUUUCCUCAAGGCCAGAGCCCCCCGGGACGCAGAGAUGAACUGCCUGCGUCACGUCAAAAAUAACCUCUUAAAAACUAGCAAAAGUCUAAGACAGAAUACAAGAGAAAACCUGGAUAAAGAAGACAAAGUCCGAGAGUGCCAGCUUCAGGUGUUUCUCCGUCUGGAGGUGUGUCUGCAGUGCCCCUCGAUACAGGACAGUGUAGAUGACGCGGAGCAGCUGGUGGAGGAGGUGGCGGACUUGCUGCGUGUGGUGUGUUUGGCUGAGGAUUCUGCAUACCUGGCCACGUUUCUGGAAGAAAUUUUGGCAUUGUACAUGGACUCCAUCCCAGAGACUCUCGGAAAGCUGUACCACAGUCUGGGCUUUGAGAUUCCUCAGAAGCUGGCCAGUGUCCUCCCGACAGACUUUUUCAGCGAUGACUCAGUGACACAGGAGAGCACGUCACCACUGCCCUCCGUGCCCCUUACAGCAGGUGCUUGCAGGCCGGCGUCGGGUGGCGCUGACUCCGACCAGCUGGAGGAGCUGCGCACCCGCUCAGCUAAGAAGAGAAGGAAACAUGCACUGAUAAGACACAAAAGCAUUGCGGACGUCUCACAGAAUCUUCGACAAAUUGAAAUCCCCAAAGUGUCCAAGAGAGCUGCAAAAAAUGAGAACUCUCACCCCCCUCUCCCGCAGCCUCCACGCCCAGGGAAAGACGCAGUACAAGAAGUGACCAAAGUUCGGAGAAACCUCUUCACCCAGGAAAUCUCUCCAAUGAAGUCAGCGAAGCGGGGGCUGCCGAGGAGCCACUCGGUGUCGGCUGUGGAAGGCGUGGGGUGUAAUCCGGCCGUUGGCAGGACCAAAGGUCUCCCCAGACUGCUGACCAGGAGCGUGGCGGAGACCCCAGAGCACAAGCAAAUCUCCCGGCGGCUGCUGCACAGACAGAUCAAGGGCAGGUCCUCGGAUCCUGGUCCUGACGUGGCUGUGGUGGACGAGUCCCCAGAGAAAGGUGACAAAAUCAGUUUGAGGAGAAGUCCUCGAGUCAAGUUGUCACUCAGCAGGACAAGUUCUGGUCCCUUCUGUUCUGCGUCUCAGCCAAAGUCCCGAAGUGUGCAAAGAGUUCACUCGUUUCAGCUAAACCAGCUGGGUGACGUCCCUGCUGGUCGUCCACACCGUUCCUACCAAAGAGGAAAUUCUCCCGCCCAGAGCGUUCGGUCUCCUAAGACGCUGCUUUUUGGGGCCGUGUCCGAGAUGGUCAGUCCCUCAGUGAAGGGUGCGGCUCGAAGUAAAAGGCCUUCGGGAAACACAGAGGAUUCCGAGAUGCCUGCAGCUUAUCAGACGCCUAAAAAGAGCUCCUGGAGAUCGCCUGGCUCUACCAGAGCUACGCCCAGACGGCUCCCGCGUGCCCUGCAGACCCCAUUGUGCACCCCUGAGAGGCAGCAGAAGCCCCCUGCGGCCCAGACAGAUGCCCAGCAGGGGCUGUGUCAGUCCUGUAAAGACUCAUCGCACGGCCUGUACUCACCUUCUCCACCAUCCAUCACUCCACAGAAAGGACGCCCCCUCCUAGGAGGGACCUCCCCCCUUGGGGAGAUCCCCAGGACCCCCAACAGGCCCAGUGGCCAGCCCCUUGAGUUUCUGCAGACUUCUACCCGGCUCCGUUCAGUGAAGUCCAGUCCAGCCUCGUUGUCACCAGGCUCCUGGCCCAGUGGUGGGUGUCUGAGUCCUGGCAGACACACUGUUGGAUCUGUGGGAGCGGCAGCCUCAGGGGUGCCCAGAGAAGCAGCCUGCGUGGGCACAGCUCCAAGUCAGACACUCCAGCAUCCCCACCCCCUUGGAGCCUCUCAGGGUGAGAAGCCAGCACAGCAAUGGAGGGUUAAACCUUCCGGAACCCCAGCGCGACCCAGGGACACAGCCACGGUGGCUUCCCACCCCGUUUCUCCAAAGGAACCUUUCCCCUCUCCUGUCGGCCAAGUCUCCGAGAGUCCCCUUAGGACAGCAGCAGCCGAGUCCCCACCCCCCGAAGAACUGGAUGGGAAGGAGCCCCUGAGAUCACCUUGCAGAGCCCUGUCUUGCUCCUGUCCUGCUCCUUCAGCGCCUCCCAGGACCCCAGAGAGCGCCAAGUCUGACGUUAUUCCCCGACCACCCCCUUCUGAAGUUGGGACAAGGCACAGAAACACCUCCAGUCCUGGGAGAGGCUCCCUGGAGGGCCAGCCCUACACCGCCGCAGGCCCUGCUGCCAGCACAGCUGCCAAAGAGCAGCAGCAGCAGGAAGGGGACCCCUCCCCUCAGUCCUCUGCAGGGCACAGCGACCCUGGGCCUGACUUCAGGAGUGACUGGCACAUGGCCUCCCCUUUGCUGAUUGUAAGUGACACGGAGCCUCUCCCUGUCCUGGGUGAAGCCGAGGACGAGAACAGCCAGGCUUCUGUGGGAGGAGGCGAGGGGUUAAGGCCGGUGGGUGCUGGUGAGAAGCCUGUUCUGUCUGACCCUGGGACUCCUCCAUCGCGUUCUUCCUCUGGGCCUGGCUCUCCCCCGAUACCCUCCGCCUCCCUGCGCUGUGCGGCCCACAGAAGGCAGCUCAAGAGCCUGCCCGCAUCUCCUCGGCUUUCAGAGGCCCCUGCCCAGCUACAGGCCUACGAGGUGGAGCUGGAGAUGCGAGCCUGUGGCCUGCCUAAGCUUCGAAUCAAAAAGGUGGACACCAGCCCACAGCCAGAACCUGAGCCUCUGAGAAGGGAUCAGAGUGUGCCCCCUUGCCUGGGCGCGCCUAGGGGCAGCAAGUCCUCUGGGAGACCCGACACCUCCUACCUGUCCCCCCCGUGCCUUCGCCCUGCACACGGCAGCCCCAGCAAGAGCGGCGGACAGACCUACAUCUGUCAGUCCUGCACCCCCACCCACUGCCCCUCCAGCACCCCCAGUCCGUUCCAGACGGAUGUUGGGGUUCCUUGGACACCAUCUCCCAAGCACAGCGGGAAGACAACCCCUGACACAAUCAAGGACUGGCCGCGGAGGAAGCGGGCCGUGGACGGGAGCUUGGGCGUCGCCAUGGGCACAGACCUUGCUGCCUGUGGGUCGCUGCUCCGGCCAGAGGGCAAGGAGCCAGGCCUCAGCAGGACUCCCGUCUUGGGGGACUUUGAGCUUGAGGGAGUGUGCCAGCUGCCAGACCAGUCCCCUCCGGGUGACAGUGUGUCCGAGGCCGAGGAAUUCUGGGCGCAGUCUGCAUGGGCCUCCAGGAAGAGGCUCCUCUCUGGCGAGGAGGAAGCACAGUGUGAAGCCAAGAGAGUCUGUGACCAGCAGAGGGAGGACUCAGGAGUUCCGAGCGAGGCCAGGUCUCCAGCUGCGGGCGCGUGGCAGCUCCUGUCCUCGGGGGAGGACGAGGCAGGCGUUCCAGGUUCCACGCCGCCUCCCGGCCACACCGUGCGGAGCUGCCUCUCUGCCCGUGGGCUCCAGGCUCUGACCCAGUCUCCUCUGCUGUUCCGAGGGAGGACACCCUCCUCUCAGGGCAGGGACGCCACAGAUGAGGAGGGGGAUGUGUUUUCCCCCGCGGCCGAGGACUCUCCUUUCAGCCGAGCAUUUUCCCGGACUCGCCCCGUCAGCAGGACUUACUCACGGAAGAAACUGAUCAGCUAGCGGGAUGGACCGGACGGGACUUCCAACCGCAAACACUACAGAGCCUGUCCGCAGCCCCUGCUCCCAGACAGUGUCCGGGGCUGUGCCCUGGGCGUGGCGGGCACAGCAGACGCCUGCCUCCCUUAGGGAUUCCUAGCGGCUCGUGAGCCAGGGCCUGCUGCACGGGAACAGGGAUAGCUGGGGCCUAAUGGAACUGGGCAAGUUCAAAGGUGAAGGUAAGGGCACCGGUCCCGAGCCUCCACCCACCCAGGCCCUGGCCCUUGUUGGGAGGUGGGGCACCUAGUGCGGUACCAGGGCAGCCUGGGCCAGGAGCCCACCCCAGCCCCACCCUGACUGGGACCAGGCCUCCUCCCUUGUGCAGCUGCUCUAAGGCUGGGCCCCGAGGCUGACGCGUGGCAGGCGGCAGGGCGAACCUUUCCCUUUCCCUUUCCCAAUAAAGUUUCUUCUGGCUGC